AUGGCAUCUUGGCAUUGCGCCUCGAUGCCAUGCCUUGCUAACCGCAAGGCCGAGAACCUCAGUGUCGCACUUAUCGUUCCUCGGCUCACGGAGCUCCUCGGUCAGGAGGUGAAGAAGGCUGACGACUGCAUCGGCGACGCCGUCGCGAAUGCCUCCGUUGCUGGACUCGCACUGGCCAAGGAGCUAGAUUACUUGGUUAAGGCCAUCUCUGAGCCCCAACGUCCGAUGAUGGCACUCGUUGGUGGAUCCAAGCUUUCCUCAAAGAGUACCUUGCUGGAGAGUCUUCUUGACAAAUGUGAUGUUAUUCUGCUGGGCGGCGGCUUGAUCUUCACGUUCUACAAGGCGCAGGGCUUAUCGAUUGGAAGCUCGAACUGCGAGGAGUCUCAGAUAAGCCUGGCGGCCAGUUUCCUUGAGAAGGCGAAUGCCAAGGGCGUGCAGGUGGUCUUGCCCACAGACGUCAAUAUCGCCGAUAAAUUCGAUGCCCAUGCCAACACCCAGAUGGUGUCAAUAAAAGCCAUUCAGGACGGCUGGAUGGGUCUGGACCUCGGAGAUGAUACAAUCAGGUCAUACGAUCAGAAGCUCUCUGAUGCCAAGUCCAUAUUCUGGAACGGCACCAUGGGUGUCAAUGAGUUUCCGAAAUUUGCGGCUGGAACCAAUGCCAUUACUUCUAAGCUCGCAGAAAUGACGGAACGUGGUGCCACGACCAUCGUCCUAGGCCGUGACACCGUGGCAGCAGUCGAACAAGCAGGAUUCGCUAACAAGUUGACCCAUGUCUCGACGGGUGACACCGCGGGCUUGGAUCUGGUGGAGGGUAAGGUGCUUCCUGGUGUUGCUGCCCUUCACAACCAGUGA